GUGCAAAAGCGGACUUUCACAAAGUGGAUCAACACUCAUCUAGCCAAGCGUAGUCCUCCCAUGGUAGUCAAUGAUCUGUUUGAAGACAUCAGAGAUGGCAUUGUAUUGAUUGCUCUUUUGGAGGUCCUUUCAGGACAAAAAUUGCCUUGUGAACAAGGGCGAAAACUGAAGAGAAUUCAUGGAGUAGCCAACAUUGGUACUGCCCUUAAGUUCCUAGAAGGACGUCGGAUUAAGCUUGUCAACAUUAAUUCAACUGAUAUUGCUGAUGGAAGACCAUCUAUUGUGCUUGGGUUGGUGUGGACAAUAAUCCUGUAUUUCCAGAUAGAGGAGCUUACAAGCAACCUGCCACAGUUGCAGUCACUCUGCAGUAGUACAUCAUCUGUGGAUAGUGUCGUCAGCUGUGAGACUGCCAGUCCACCAUCCAAGCGGAAAGUUUUAACUAAAGUCCAAGGAAAUGCAAAGAAGGCUUUGCUAAAAUGGGUGCAGUACACAGCAGCAAAGCAAACUGGAAUUGAAGUCAAGGAUUUUGGACAAAGCUGGAGAAGUGGUAUUGCCUUUCAUUCAGUUAUUCAUGCUAUCCGUCCAGAACUAGUGGAUUUGGAGAGGGUGAAAAUGCAGUCUAACAAAAAAAAUUUGGAAGAGGCCUUUACAAUUGCAGAAACAGAACUGGGAAUUCCAAGACUCCUUGAUCCUGAAGAUGUGGAUGUGGAUAAACCGGAUGAAAAAUCAGUUAUGACCUAUGUAGCACAGUUUCUGAAACAUUACCCAGAUCCUCAUAACACAGCAAGCCAUGCACAGGAGGCAGAUAAAGAUCAACUGAUGCUAAGAGAUCUGAAAAUUUGGAUUGAACAGUUUGAAAGAGACUUGACAAGGACACAAAUGAUGGAAGCAAGCUUGCAAGAGAAAUACCAGUCAUUCAAACAUUGCAAAGUACAAUAUGAAGCAAAGAGGAAACAAGUUGAACGUGCAGUCCAGUCAUUAAGAAAGGAUGGCAAACUCUCUCUCGAUCAAGCUCUGGUGAAGCAAGCCUGGGACAAAGUUACUUCUCAACUUUUUGAAUGGCACUUGUAUCUUGAUAAAUCUCUUCCUGCUCCACUGGGCCCUAUUGCAGCCUGGCUAUGUAGGGCUGAGACAUCUCUUAGAGAAGAAAUCCCUGUUCAACAAGCUCAUGAGGAAACAGCAGAUAUGUUACAUAGGAAACUUGAACAGCAUAAGGACAUGCUUAAAAAUGUAGAUGGUUACAAAAGGACAUUCCAGGAGAUCCGCCGAGCUCAGUCUGUCAAUGGAGUCCCUAUUCCGUUAGAGCAGCUUGAGGAUAUGGCUGAGAGGUUUAAUUUUGUUGCCUCUUCAUCUGAUCUCCAUCUGCUGAAAAUGGAGUUCUUGGAACUGAAGUACCGCUUGCUGUCACUCUUGGUCCUGGCCGAAUCAAAAUUAAAGUUAUGGAUUAUCAAAUAUGGAAGAAGAGAUUCUGUUGAGCUGCUUCUUCAGAAUUAUAUGACUGUUAUAGAAAACAACAAAUUUUUUGAACAGUAUGAAGUUACAUACCAGAUCUUGAAAAAAGCAGCUGAGAUGUAUGCCAGUGCUAAUGGGUCACCGGAAGAAAUAGAGAACAUUAUGAGGUUCAUGAAUGAGACAACAACACAGUGGAGGCACCUGUCAGUUGAAGUGAGAAGUGUCAGGAGUAUGUUAGAAGAAGUCAUUUCUAAUUGGGAUCGAUACAGCAGUACAGUAGCCAUUCUGCAGGCCUGGUUGGAAGAUGCUGAAAAAAUGUUGAAUCAGCCUGAACAUGCUAAAAAGGAUUUUUUCCGGCAUUUACCACAAUGGAUUCAGCAACAUACUGCAAUGAAUGAUGCUGGUAAUUUUCUGAUUGAAACAUGUGAUGAGACUGUUUCCAGAGAUUUAAAACAACAAUUGCUCUUGCUGAAUGGACGCUGGAGAGAAUUGUUUAUGCAAGUUAAACAAUAUGCUCGGGCUGAUGAAUUAGACAGAAUAAAGAAGGAAUACUUGGAUGGUGUGGCUGCUCUGUCUGCUUUCAUUGACGAAGCAAAGAGGAAAAUCCACGUACCUUUAGAAGUGUCAUUUCUAAAUGUAAAGCUGUUUGUCCAAGAAAUGGAGGAUAUUAAACAAAAAGCACUCAUUAUGGAAUCCCAGUACAAGAUGAUCACAAGGACAGCACAAGUGGUUACCAAGGAAAUUCCACAAGAAGAAGUCAAUGAAAUGCUUGCAAGAAUGUCAAGAAUCAAGGGACAGCUCAGCAAGGUUAAGGAUUCCUGCCCAGUUGUACUCUAUGAUUCACAAGAAUUACUUCCUCACCUUGAAGAAUUAGAAAAACAAAUUACACAUUUUCAUGAAUCCCUUGGAAAGAUCAAUGAAAUUAUUUCUGUACUAGAUCCUGAAGCCCAGCCUGCUCAUGUUUUUAAACAGCAACAUCAGGAUCUGGUAGCUUAUCAAGAAAACUGCAAAAAAGCUUUGUUAUUAAUUGAAAGAAAUAGUCAAAUCAUCACAAAGUUUGUGGCUUCAAGUAAAGUGUUAAAUCAUUUCAGCCUUUCUGUACUUCAGAAGAAAGUGAUAGAAAUUCAAGCUGCUUUUCAGCACAUGAUGCAGAAGACAGAUGACUGGAAGAAAAAUGUUGAGGUAAAUAGUCGUUUGAUGAAGAAAUUUGAAGAAUCUAGAACAGAGCUGGAAAAUGUUCUCCAGACUGCCCAAUGCUGUCUAAAAGAAAAGGGCAACCCUGAAGAACUUCUCCGGAAACAUACUGAAUUUUUCAGUCAGUUGGACCAAAAGGUGCUCAAUGCUUUCCUGAAAGCUUGUGAUGAACUUACUGACAUCCUUCCUGAGCAAGAGCAACACACCCUUCAGGAAGCUGUGCGGAAACUGCAUAAGCAGUGGAAGGAUCUCCAGUCAGAAGCUCCAUAUCAUUUACUUCGCUUAAAAAUAGAAGUGGAAAAAAGCAAAUUUCUAGCAACACUGCAAGAAUGUCAUGCUGAACUUGCUCGACAGCAUGAGCUCAUGACCAAGGAGAACAGUGAAAAAAUAAUUAAGGAGCACAAGCUGUUUUUUGGUGAUAAAGGGCCUUUACAACUAUGUGAGAAACGACAACAACUGAUUAAAGAAUUGUGCUUGAAACUACCAGAAUGGGAUUCAGUUAAAACAACAUUUGAAAGUAGCCAGAAAGAACUCAGUGAACUUAAAUCUCAGGUUGUCAGCACCUACAUGAAACUAGUAGCUCAACCAGAUAAAUGGAAAGAAUACAAGAACAGAUUUUCUGAAUUACAAAACUGGAUUUCAUCGAAGGAGGCUCAACUUAAAACAAUUAAGAAUGGUGCAGCUAAUACUACUAAAUACAAACACUUUAAAACAUCAAUAGAGGAAAUUAGGCAAGAUGCUUGCAAGAAGGGAGAAGUUAUCAUCUGGUUGAAAUCUAGGCUUGUUGCCUUAUCUGAGGUUUCUUCAGAGGAUGAAGUAAAAAAGAAAGGGAAUGAACUUUCAGUACUUGCUAGUGACUUUAAGAAAGUUUUAGCCUUGUUGACAGAGAUUGAGAAGACACUGGGUGCGGUUGGAGAUUGUGUUCAAUACACUGAAGAAGUGAAAGGCACAUUGGAAGAAUUGAUCACAAACUCAAAAGAAGCUCAGACAGAAGUUGAAAAAAUCUUAGAUGUUGAUAACUUGUUACAGGCCCAGCAAAUCCUUCUACAUCAUCAGCAAAAGUCAAAGAGACUUCAUGCAAAAAGGCAAGAUGUGCAACAGCAGAUUGCCCACAGUAAAGAGCUACAAAUUGAAGGUGGUCUGUCUCCUGCUGUGCAAGAAGAUUUAUGGAAGUUGGAGAGUACAUUAGAAAGCAUGCAGCAAUCUAUGGAACAGCGUGGAGAUCAAUUACAGCUCACAAUAAACACAUGGGAACAGUUUGAAAGAGACAAAGAAACAAUUGUCAAGUAUCUUAGCCAUGCAAGCUCUGCCCUUGAGCGCAUCUUAAGUUUUAGCAGCUUGGAAAGUUUGUCAGCAGAAUUAGAAAAGACAAAAGAACUUUCUAAGCAGACAGUAGCCAUGGCCAUGGAAGCGGAGAAUCUGGUCAAGAAGUCUUUUGCCAUACAGCUUGGUCAGAGGAGCAAGGAGAGCCUUCAGCAGCAAGCAAAGUCAAUUCAGGAACAAGUUCAAAAAGUAGAAGCUACACUUGAAGAAGAUAUUAAAACCAUGGAAAUGGUGAAACACAAGUGGGAUCAGUUUGGGAAAAAAUUUGAAGCAUUGUCCAUCUGGAUCAAUGAAAAAGAAAAGGCGCUGGAUUCCUUGGAAAUACCAUCAACUUCCCUGGAUGUGCAAAUCAACCAAAUUAAGGCUGUUAAGAAUAAAAUAGCUGAUAAGGACAACGAAAUCCCAAUGCUAGAAGAGGAUGCUCAACUUUUCUCUCAGUAUCUUACUUCUGGAGAAUCAGCACAUAUUAAAGCCAAGAUGACACAGAUUAGAAGAUACUGGGAAGAAUUCAGAGACCGUGCACAGAAUUUGGAAGGAACCAUCGCAGGAAGGGCUUUGGUGCAGCAAAAAUUUGAUGAAAACUUUAGAAAGAUUCAAGAAGACUUAUGCAGUUGUGAAGCCAAACUGGUAGAGCUUGAUAUUUCAUGCUUUUCAUUAGCAGAGACUUAUAAUGCUCUCCAAGACCUUACGGACCUUUCACAAAUUCUGGAAAAAAUGAAUCAAGCACUGACUUCUUUAUCAUCUGGCUCUCGCAAACUUACGAACAAAGAAAAAGCAAAUCAAGAUAUUGUCAUGCUUCAGCAAAAACAUGAAAAUAUUAUGAGACAAGUUAAAGAUAGACAUGCCUCUUUAGAGACUCAUCUAGUACAAUGUCAAAGAUUGGAGAAGGAAUUGUCUACCUUUUUGACUUGGUUAGAGAAGUGUGAAACUGCAGUCAGACCUACAGAACAGCAUGUUUCUGCUGACAAAGUUAAACUAGAAAAUGAACUACAAUUACUUCAAGAUAUGAAAAUGGAUAUUGCGUCUCAUGCUUCACAUUAUACCAGCCUAUUCCAGUUGAAUGAGUCACUAUUUAAAGCAAGUUCCAGUGAAAGUCUGAGGACAAUUAAAAAAGAAUUAGAAGACCUUGAUGAAAGAUGGAAAAUUCUACCUCAGACAGUUAGCAGAAGGAUAAUUUUCCUCCAGUCUGUGCUUGAUGAACAUAGGCAGUAUGACAAGCUUCUCCUCAGUUUUUCCGAAUGGAUCAAGCAAUUUCUUUGUAAACUACAACAAACAUCGGAGAUUAAUAUAUCUGAUCAACAGCCUGCUAUAUUUCAAAAUAAGGAACAUAAAUUAGAAGUGGAAGGAAAAUACAAAGAGCUACAGAGUCUGAAGAGUCAUGUUGAAAAGUUGUGUUCUUUCACUCAGCCAGAAGAUCACAGUAUAUUCCAAAAUAAGGUUGAAGACUGUCUCCAUUUGUAUCAAGAGGCUGAUCAAGUAAUCAACCGCCGUAAAGAUGUUCUUCCCCAUCUCAAGGCCUUUUUAGAGCUUCAUAGAACUGCAUCACAUGUACUUCACCAGCUGAGACAAAAGGUAGAAACUACUAGAAACAUAGACAAGUCAAAAUCAGAAGUGUUGAAGAAGAAGCUAAGUGAAGUUGUUCAAGAUGUCAGCAAACUGGAAUCUACAGCAGCCAGUUUAGAUGUAUCCCUUACUAAAGCCCAGUACCAUCUGAAGCAAGGAAGCUCUGAGCAAAGGAGUUCCUGCAGUAAUAUUGCCGACAAUAUCUGUAUAGAACUGGAAUCCAUCCAGUCUCUGCUAGGAUCUAAGCAAAGUGAAGCAGAAGCCCUUAGUGCUCUUUGUUCAUCCAUUAUAGAGCGUAAAGAACACCUCUUAAAACGAAUUGAAGAUCUUGAAGAAAGGGCUGACAAGGAAGGACUGAAAGAACCAAAUCUUCAGGAAGUUCAGCAAAGAUUAAGGAUUUUUAAUCAGUUGGAUGAUGAAUUGAAUUCUCACCAGCAUGAAUUGAAAUGGCUGAUGAGCAAAACAAAGCAAAUUGCUCUAAAAGAUAAACAUUUUGCCCCAACAAUUGACAAAGAAAUUAAUUGUUUGGAAGCCAUUUGGGAUGAUACUAAGAAAUUAAUCCAAGAAAGGCAGGAGCAGUGUUGUGCCCUUCUUGAUAUAAUGAGACACUAUCAGAACUUGAAAUGUGCAGUUUCAAAAACAAUAGAGGUUGCCAGCAAUGUAACAGUGACCAAAGCCAUGCUAAAAGAUCAGGAAGAUAUGCGAUGGGCCUUAUCAAAGCAUGAAGCAGCCAGGAAUGAGCUGAAUGAUAGACAGACUGAACUGGAUGCCUUCACUAACAAGGGAAAACACCUCGUUGCAGAGCUGAAAAAGAUUCCAAACUGUGAUGCUGAACUGGUAAAAACUGACAUGGACAGUACUGUGGACAAAUGGCUAGAUGUUUCAGAAAAAAUUGAAGACAACAUAGAUAAGUUGAGUGUUAGUGUGACUUUGUGGGAAGACAUACUAGCAAUCCAUGAUAAUAUUGAAGGAUGGUGCAAUAACUCCAUCUCCCAGUUGAAUGAUAUCAUAAACAACUUGGCCAGCUGUCAAAGAACUGAAGUUUUCUUGGAUGAAUUUCAGUCUCAGGUUAAGCACAAAGAACAGAAUUUGGAGCAAAUGAAUUCAAAAAUAUAUGAGCUUAAGGAGUUGGUAAAUGCAGAAGAACUUCCACCAAUUCUUCUGUUUUUAGAUGCUGAUUUAAAGAAGAAGAUGGUGCAUAGCAAAGCAAUGUACGAGAUGGCUAAAGAAACUUUGAAGGAUUUUAAUUCUCAGAAGACACAGUUACAUAACUUUGUUACUCAGAUGGAAAACUGGCUUAUCAGUACAGAAGAAUCACUGUUAAACUGCAUUCAUAGUCAAGAUCCAUCGGGUCUUGGGACAGUCAAUAAAAUACAGAAAGAGAUUCGGCAACAGCAGAACAAUUUUGAUUCUACACAGGAACUGCUUAACAGCCUUUGCCGCAAAUAUCCAUCCUUGGAGUUGGAAACUUUUGGAGGCACUAUAACCUCACUGAUAAAGAAGUAUGAAACUGUGAACCAGUUGAGUUUGAAAACACAGGCUUCUUUACAGGAAUCCCUAGAAAAACAUUUCUUACAAUCUAUGCAUGAAUUUCAAAAUUGGUUUUCUAGUCAGAAGAUUGCAGUAAAAGACAUAAAUAUUGCAUCUGGGGACAGUAAAGCUAUUGAAGCAAAACUCCACAAACUGCAGAAAGUGCUAGACUCUUUUAAUGAAGGAAGGACUAAACUGGAAUCAGCCUGCCAGGAAGGAGAAAAUUUGUGUACUUACUUGCCUAAAACAUCCGUGAAUGGAAUUCAAGACCAGAUUUCUAAAGCUCAUCAGGACUUUGAAGCAUUUCUAAAACAGUGUUUGAAAGAUAAACAAGUUUUGGAAGAAUGCAUUGCAGAGUUGGAAAGUUUUGAGGACCAGUGCAAGAGUUGGAGUUUAUGGCUUCAUGAAAUGGAGGAAAGGGUAAACACCGAAGCUCUGGGUGAAAACAAACAGCACAUCCCAGAGAAGAAAAAUGAGUUACAGAAAGUAGAAGGAUUUUUGGAAGAACUUCUGCUUGCAAGAGAAUCCUUCGAUAAACUUUCUCAGAAGGCACAGUUUUUAGGUGAGAAAGACUACAGCACUGGAAUGGAGGUCCGUCUGGCUUCUCAGCAAUUUUCUGCUUAUCAGAACUUAAUCAAGGAAGUAAAGGAGAAAUUGAGGCUCUCUCAGAUAGCCCUCCAGGAUCACCAAACUUUGGAAGAAGCUCUGCAGGAUAUGUGGACCUGGGUGAAGGAUGUUCAAGAAAAACUUAGCCAUGCUGAGGGCACCCUUGGGAACAAAACAACCUUGGAGAAACGACACUUGCAAAUUCAGGAAAUCCUGUUAAUGAAAGGGGAAGGAGAGGUCAAGUUAAACAUGGCCAUUGGCAAAGCUGAACAAGCCCUUAAGUCAAGUAAUGAAGAGGGGCAGAAAGUGAUUCAGAGCCAGUUGCAAACAUUAAAAGAUCUCUGGAGCAGCAUUAUCAGUACCUCAGUGAGCUGUCAAAGCUUGUUGGAGUUUGUGAUAAAUCAGUGGAAUUGCUAUCUGGAGAAGAAAAGCCAGCUGGAUCAAUGGUUGGAUUCAGUAGUCCACAGAGUGGAAGAGCCUUUGGAACCACAGAAUGGCCUAAAAGAGAAAUUUUCCCAGCUGGACUGCUUCCAAACUAUUGUUUCAGAAGUGGAAGAACGUUCUAAUGACUUAGAUCAGCUCAUAGGAAAAGUCAGAGAAUUGCAUGAGAAGACACAGGAUGAUUCUUUUGGAGAAACUGCUCAAGAGGAGUUGAAAACAAAAUUCACAAAUAUUGCAACAGUUGCCAAGGAAAAAAUGAGAAUAGUGGAAGAUAUUGUCAAAGACCAUUUGCUAUACCUUGAUGCAGUGCAUGAAUUUUCUGAUUGGUUUCAUUCAGCAAAAGAAGAGCUUCACCGCUGGUCAGACACCUCAGGGGAUUUGUCUACCAUAACGAAAAAACUGGCCAAAAUCAAUGAGCUGAUAGAUUCCAGGAAGACUGGUGAGGGUCGCCUCCACAGGAUCCAGACGCUGGCUCCUGUUGUGAAAAAGAACACAACUGUUCAAGGGUGCAAAGACAUGGACGCUGAAAUGCAGGCCCUCCAGUCUGACUGGAAGCAGUGGGAAGAGAGUGUUUUCCAGUCGCGAAACGGGCUGCAGGAGCUGGAGAGCCAGAUGGCGUGGUCAGAGCAGGAGUUCACAGCGCAGGCUGUUCAUCUGGAAGAGGCCUUGCAGCACUUCAGCACGUUGCUUGCAACCUGGUCUGAAGGCCUGACUCCUCUGGAUAGUAAGCACACAGACAAAGAGCUUGUGGAAUGCUGGCACCGAGAAAAGGAAACUCUGGAUGCCCUAACGAAGGCAGAGUCCAUUAAUGAUGACAUUAAGACUCAAUUAAAUGAUCUUUGUCGGUUUUCCAAAGAUUUGAGUACCUAUUCUGCAAAGGUAUCCCAGUUAUUUAAAGAAUAUAACAGUCUUUGUCUACAAGCUUCAAAGGGGUGCCAAAGUAAAGAGCAAGCCUUGCAACAGAGAUUCAGGACAGUCUUCAGAGAUUUUCAGCAAUGGCUGGUCAAUUCCAAAAUCACCACUGCCAAAUGUUUUGAUGUGCCUCAAAAUGUCAACGAUGUUGCAGCUAACAUACAGAAAAUACAGGAAUUCUUAUCUGAAACUGAAACUGGUCAACAUAAAUUAAAUUUAGUGGUGUCCAAAGGAGAACUGUUAAGUUCUAUACUACCUAAAGAAAAAGUUAAAUCCAUUCAGACCAAAAUUGUUGCAGCUAAAGAGGACUGGAAGAAAUUUAUUUCCACUCUGCACCAGAAGGAAACAGCUUUAGAGAAUUUAAAGGUCCAGAUGAAAGACUUCGAAACAAGUGCUGAACCUCUUCAAGAUUGGUUAAAUAAAACCAAAGAAAUGGUGCAAGGGAGUAAUAAUAAUCUGCAUGACCUCCCCACUAAAAGGAGAGAGCAUCAGAAACUACAGUCUGUCCUUGAGGAAAUAAAAUGUAAUGAGCCUCAGCUCAACAGGCUAAAAGAAAAAGCUCAGCAGCUUUGGGAAGAACAAGCUGCCAGCAAAAACUUUGUGCACAGAGUGUCUCAGCUAUCAUCUUUAUAUCUUGCUCUGAGCAAUCUAACAAAGGAAAAGGUCUCCAGAAUGGACAGAAUAGUAGCAGAGCACCAACAAUUCUCUCAUGGACUGAAAGAGCUUCAGGACUGGAUGGCAGAUACAAUUCAGAUGCUUGAAUCUUAUUGCCAUCCCACAGCAGACAAAAACGCCCUUGACAAUAGAAUGGCAAAGCUCGAGGCACUCCUUUCAUUGAAGCAAGAGAAAGAAAUUCAAGUGAAAAUGGUGGUGACAAGAGGAGAAUCUGUUUUGCAAAAUACAUCAGUAGAAGGAGCACCUGCGAUUGAACAACAGUUGAAAACUCUUAAGGACACCUGGGCUUCCCUCUUGUCUACUUGUAUCCACUGCAAAAGCCAGCUUGAAGGAGCUCUCUCCAAGUGGACAAGCUACCAAGAUGAUGUUCAACAGUUUACUAGUUGGAUGGACAAAGUGGAAGCAAUAAUGAAUGCCUCAGAAAGACAGUAUUCCGAACUGAGGGAAAAAAAAUCUUCACUCAGCAAAUCUAAGUUGCUUAAGGAAGAAAUAUUAAGUCACAGUACACUGCUGGAAACUAUUGAAGUCAAAAGCACGGACAUGACUGAGCAUUAUGUCACUCAGCUUGAACUUCAAGAUCUUCGUGAGAGAUACCAGUUUCUCAAAGACAGAAUAAUGGAAACAAUAACUAAAGCUGAAGAAUAUGUUCACUUGCAUCAAGAGUACCAAAGGAAUUUGAAGGCUUUUGAAGUAUGGCUGGAAAAAGAACAGGAGAAACUUGGCUGUUUAUCACAUCUUGAAGGUGAUACGGAGAGAUAUGAAGCAACACUCCAAGAACUCCAGGAAUUACAGGUACAUUGUGCUGAAGGACAAGCAUUGCUGAAUGCAACACUCCAUGCUAGGGAAGAAGUAAUCCCAUGGGGUACACCCCAGUUGGAAGAAAGAGUAUUGGAGUCCAUCCGUCAAGAUUGGACAGUCUACCAACACAAGCUUUCUGAAAUUAGGAUACAGCUAAAUACUAGUUUAAGCAGACUGAAGCUGAUGGAGAAUAAAUUUCUGAAGAUGGAUCAAUGGCUCAAAACUCUGGAGGACAAAGUUAAUAUCAGGACUACCCGGCAAUCUGACCGAGCCACAAAGGAAAUCCAGCUUCAGCAGAUGAAGAAUUGGCAUGAAGAAAUAACAGUCUAUAAAAAUGAAGUUGAAGAAGUUGGAUUGUUGGCCCAGCAUUUCCUGGAGGAAAGUCAUACUUCUAGUAGGAUGGGGAGACAAGCAACCCAGCUUGCUUCUCGAUACCAAACUCUUGUUCUUCAUGUACUGGAGCAAAUAAAAUUCCUAGAAGAAGAAAUUCGAAGUUUGGAGGAAUCUGAACUAGCUUUCAGUGCUUACAAAGAUUGGUCUGAAGCUAUCCUUAGGAAAUUCAGAAAUGUUGUGACAAAAUCUGAUGUAGUGGAUAGAGCAUUAAUGGAGAAAAAAAUGCAUAAACUUGAGGAUCUCAUGAGCGACAUGGAAGUUGGUCACAGUUUGCUCAAAUCUGCCCGUGAGAAGGGAGAGAGAGCUAUUAAGUAUAUUGAAGGAAAUGAAGCUGAACAGCUAAAGAAACAAGUCAGUGAUUAUGUAGAACAACUUGAUGAGAUGACCUGCUCUAUCAGAAAAGAAUGUACAACUUUAGAGAAAUGUCUCCACUUAACAAAAGAAUUCUUAGAUAAGUACAAAGUACAGACUCAAUGGCUAACAGAUUAUCAGAUCAUACUACACAAUACAGUGGAUCCCAAAAUGGAAUUAUAUGAGAAAAAGGCACAGUUAUCAAAAUACAAGACAGUGCAGCAGACUAUAUUGUCUCACGAACCUUUGAUCAAAUCUGUUAUGGAAAAAGGAGAAUGCCUCCUUGAAUUGAUCUGUGAUGCUAAUUUAGCUGAGAAUAUUCAAAAACUUCAGAAUGAAUACCAGGAGCUCUGCAACAUAGCAAAGAUACAGGUUGCAAGCUUGGAAGAGAAAGUGAGACAACAUGAAGAAUAUAAUAGUGUCUUACAAGAAGUGGAAAAAUGGCUGUUACAGAUGUCCAGCAGGCUGAUUACUCCUGAACUCAUGGAGAACAGUGAUCUAGAAGUUAUAACACAACAAUUGGCCAGUCAUAAGGCAACAAUGGAAGAAAUUGCAGGAUUUGAAGAUCACCUGAACAUCCUUAAAAGCAAGGGAGAUUACUUAAUCAAAGAGUGUGCAGAACAUCUCCAAGCAAAAUUUAAGCAAAACAUAGAAACCCAGCUGCAGGGAACAAGAGAUAGCUAUUCAGCCAUCUGUAGCACUACUCAAAGAGUAUACCAAAGUUUGGAAUACGAACUCCAGAAACAUGUUAACCAUCAGGAUACCCUUCAGCAGUGCCAGGCUUGGCUCACUACAGUUUGUCCAGAGUUAGAGGCAAAUCCUCAUCGACCUUCCAGUUCAGCAGAUGCUGUUAAGCAGGUGAAGCAUUUCAGAGCCCUACAAGAGCAGGCAAACACCUAUUUGGAUCUAUUAUGCUCCAUGGGUGAUUUAUCAGACAGCAAAGUGAAAAAUGCAGCAACAGACAUUCAAGUAGCAAAGCAAACGAUUGAAGAUAGGAUAAUGAACUCCCAGUAUCUUGCUCAGGGCUGGGAGGAAAUAAAGCAAAUGAAAGAAGAACUUUGGAUUUAUUUCCAGGAUGCAGAACAGCAACUGCAGAAUAUAAAGAGACGAGGGGCAGAGCUGGAAUUAAAUAUUGCUCAUAAUAUGGUUUUGCAGGUAAAGAACUUCAGCCAGAAGCUGCAAUCUAAACAGGCAGCUUUGACUGCAGUGACUGAAAAAGUGAGCAAAUUGACAGAAGGGCAGGAGUCACCGGAACAUAAGGAAAUAGGACGCUUGAGCAACUAUUGGCUGGACCUUUGUCUUCAAACCAGCAAUGUGCUCUUACGUAGAGAAGAAGAUCUUCAGAGGACCACAGAAUAUCAUGAUUGCCUACAUGCGGUAGAAAUGUUUUUGGAAAACUUUACACAGGAAUGGGACCACUUGGCAAGAUCAGAUGCUGAGAGUACAGCUACACAUCUUGAGGCAUUGAAAAAGCUAUCAGUGGCUCUCCAGGAUAGACGGCUUGCUCUUGAAAACCUAAAGGAACAGAGGCAAAAAAUGACAGAACAUCUAAAUUUGGAUGAUAGAGAACUAGUAAAAGAACAGUCAGGAUACUUUGAACAGUGUUGGAUCCAACUAGAGGACCAGGUCAAGAGAAAAAUACAACUGUCUGUUACCACAUUACAAGAGCUGAGUGUUGUGCAAGCUAAACUUCAAGAAUUAAUGGAGUGGGCAGAAGAGCAGCAGCCUAGUAUCUCUGAAGCUCUUAAACACAGCCCACCUCCUGAGCUGGCUCAAAAUUUUCUCAUGAAUCAUCUCACCCUUUGUAGUGAAGUAGAAGCCAAGCAGCUUGUUUUGAAAACACUAAUAAAGGAUGCUGAUAGAGUGAAAACUAAUUUAGGGCUUAGUGAAAGACAACUACUCCAAAAAAGUCUAUCAGAUGCCCAAAAUCAUGUGGAUUUCCUUAGUGAUCUGGUUUGGCAGAGGAGAAAGCACCUAAAUAAGACAUUAUCUGAGAGGAAUCAGUUCUUCCUAGCAGCCCUUCAGGCAAAGAAUCAAAUUAAACAAUAUGAGAAAAAGUUAAUGUUCCAUGAACAUAUCUGUCUGUUACCAGAAGAUGUGAGCAAACAGAACAGGUCUUGUAAGAGUAUACAAGCCAGCCUUAAGGCCUACCAAAGUGAAAUCUCUGGACUGUGGUUUCAAGGGAGGAAUCUUAUGAAGGAAACAACAGAACAAGAGAAAAGUGAAGUGUUAAAUAAACUACAAGAGCUGCAGAACAUGUAUGAUAUGAUUUUACAAAAAUGUGGCCAGCGACUAAUAGAACUGGAAAAACAUAUAGUUUCCAGGAAAUACUUCAAGGAAGAUUUGGAUAAAGCAUGCCACUGGUUAAAGCAAUCUGAUAUUAUUUCAUUCCCGGAAAUCAAUUUAAUGAAUAGUAACUCAGAACUUUAUUCUCAGUUAGCAAAGUAUCAGCAGAUUCUUGAACAGUUUCCUGAAUAUGAAAGUCUUUUGUUGAUAGUUCAAAAAGAUGGCCAGGAAAUUAUACCAUCACUUAACGAAAUGGAUCGUUCCUACCUUGAGGAAAAACUCAGUGCCUUGCCUCAACAAUUUAAUAUGAUCAUUGCUUUGGCUAAAGAUAAAUUCUGUAAAGUCCAAGAAGCAAUUAUGGCCCGUAAAGAAUAUGCAUCAUUAAUUGAAUUGACAACAAAGGCACUGGCUGAACUGGAAGAUCAGCUUGUAAAUUUGCGUAAAACCCCCUCUACUCUUACAGCUAAAGAAGUUGUGUCACUCCUGGAAGAUUACAAAAAUGUCCUAACUGAAGUCAUACACCUUGGUGCUGCAGUAGAUGAAUUAAACCAGAAGAAGGAAGCUUUUCGAAGCACCGGGCAGCCAUGGCUACCAGAAGAGAUGAUAAUGCUCACUACACUGUAUCACAAAUUAAAAAGGCAGCUAGAACAAAAAGUUAACCAAUUAGAAGACAUGAUGGUGGCUUAUCAGGAACAUGAAGAAAUGUGUAAGCAGCUUGAGAUGAAGCUAAAUUCCAUAAAAGAAAAAGAAGCAGAAGUGAAUGAAGAAACACUUCCAGCUGAAGAAAAGCUGAAAAUGUAUCAUUUCUUAGUUGGUAGUCUGCAAGAUUCUGGAAUCCUUUUGAAACACGUUGCUGAACAUCUUGAAGUGCUUUCUUCCCAGCUUGACCCAUCUGUUCAUGAAGGAGCUGAUCAUCAAGUGCAAACUUGGCAGGAAACACUGAAGAUAUUGCACACUGCCAUUGGAGAUAAAGUGAUGGAGUGUGAAAACAGGCUGAUAGAAAGCAUAGAUUUUCAAACUGAAAUCUGUCGCUCCCUGGAUUGGCUGAGACACAUUAAAGCAGACCUGAAUGAACCAUUAAGCACGGACGUAAAACUGAAUAGCAUUCAAGAAGAGAUCCGCAAAGUUCAGAUCCAGCAGGAAGAAGUACAGUCUAGCCUAAGGAUAAUGAGAGCACUAAGCAAUAAAGAAAAGGAGAAAUAUAUGAAAGCCAAAGAACUGGUUCCUGCGGACUUGGAAAACAGCCUCACUGAGCUCUCUGAACUCAACAGUAAAGUCCAGGAAGCAAUACAAAAGAGGCAGGAAAAUUUGACUAAAUUAUACAGCCUUUGCCAAAGAUACUACCAGGUUGCCCAAACUGCUAACAACUGGCUUGAAGAUGCUCAGGAAUUGCUACAAUUUGCACAAAAUGGCCUUGAUACAGAGAAUUCAGAAGAAAACCUAAGAAACCAUACAGAAUUUUUUAGCACUGAAAAGGAGUUCCAACUCCAUUUGAAAGAAGUAAAGAUGCUUGUGUCUGACAUGGAGCCAUUCCUUCAAGCCUCAAGAAAAGAGGUUCUGGAGCAGAAUGUGAAAACUUUAGAAGAGAAGUGCAUGGAAAUAGAACAAGAAGCACAGUGUCAGAAAGAGUUAUUACAAAGGUGUGCUUCUCAGUGGCAGGAAUACCAAAUAGCAAGACAACAUAUUAUUGACUUGAUGAAUGAGUCUGAAAAGAAAUUAUCUGAAUUUUCUGUAGCUAAAACCUCUUCCCAACUGGAAGCAGAGGAAAAAUUAAUAUCACAUAAGUCGCUAGUCUCUACAGUAAAUUCUUUUCAUGAGACAAUCACUUCACUGGAGGAAAAGGCAUCCGUCCUGGAGAAAACAGGCAAUGAAGCCAGCAGGGCAACCAUAAGUCGCUCUAUGACAACUGUUUGGCAGCGGUGGACCAGACUCAGAAGUGUUGCCCAAGAACAAGAAAGGAUUUUGGAAGAAUCAAUGCAGAAAUGGAAUGUAUUUAAUGACAAGAUGCAAAAAGCAACAGAGACUCUUGAUCAGCUACAAGAACGCUUACCAGAGGGCUCAGUAGAAAAAGCUUCGAAGAAUGAACUUUUGGAUCUUCUAGAUUAUCACAGUAAUUUCAUCCUGGAACUUGAACAGCAACUAUCAUCCCUGGGUCUCCUCAAGCAGCAUUCUUUUAGCUUGCUCCAAGAUAUAGAAAUAACUUCUGGCUCCCAGGAACAAAUGCCCAUCAUGCAAGAAAUCAAAGCCAUGCAAGACAGAUGCCAUAACAUGCAACAGAAGGUGAAAAGAAGUGGGAAAGUGGUUAAACAAGAACUAAAGGAACGUGAAGAAGUAGAAAAAGAUAUUAAUAAAGUGAAAACUUGGAUUCAGGAAGGCAGAGAAUAUUUAUUAAAUCCUACAAUAGAAAGCGAUACUCAGCUUGAACAACUUCAGGCACUCCUGAAUGAAGCCACUGUUCGCCGUCAAGCUGUUGAGAAAAUGGCUGAACAGCAGCAGAAUAAAUACUUGGGACUUUAUACCAUUUUACCUUCUGAGCUUUCUCUUCAGUUAGCAGAAACAGGCUUGGCACUAGUAAAUAUACAUGAGCAGAUUCAAGCCAAAGAAAAAGAAGCUCAGCAGAACAAAACAUUAAAUCAAGAAUUUAACCACAAGAUUCAAGACGUAGCCAAAGAGCUCAAUUCAAUUCAACUGAAACUGAAAGAGAAGACAAAUGAUAUAACACAAGCUAAAAGAGAUCAAAAAAUCCUGGAUGAAGAACUGGACAGCUGUAACAUAAAGCUUCUGGAACUUGAUGCAGCUGUCCAGAGCUUUGCAGAGCAAAACCCUCAGCUAGUUAAACAGCUGGCUGGCAAAAUUAAUAAACUAACAGCAUUCCACCAACAGAUAGUUAGGGAAGCUGAAUACAGGGCAUCAAAGCUCAAUCAGGCUGUUUCUCAUUUAGAUGAAUAUAAUGAAAUGCUAGAAUUCAUACUAAAAUGGAUUGAAAAAGCUAAGAUUUUAUUACAUGGUAACAUCAUGUGGAAUUCUGCUGCUAUACUUCGAGAUCAGUUUAUGUCUCAUCAGGCCAUGUUUGAAGAAGCUGGUGAAAUUCAUGGGGAUCUUGAAACUAUGAAUGAAAAUAUAGAAUACUUGGCAAGUGUGUAUUUCACUGAAGGGAUGUCUCAGCAAGUGUCAGAGCUUCGCCGACAGACUGAGGAUUUACAGCAGUUUAUCAGACAGCGGCUACAAAGUAUUCAGGAUGCAGCCAAAGAUAUGAAGAAAUUUGAAACAGAGGUGAAGGCUCUUCAUACAGCUUUAGAGCAAGCUCAAGCCACUCUAACAUCUCCAGAGAUUGGCCGUUUGAGUCUGAAAGAACAACUUUCUCACCGACAGCAUCUGCUUUUGGAAAUGGAAUUAUUGAAGCCAAAGGUUCACGCAGUACAAUCCUGUCAGAGUGCUUUGCGGAUCCCCGAAGAAGUUCUCACUACUCUCCCAAUAUGUCACACAGCUCUGAGGCUGCAGGAGGAUGCCAGUCAUCUGCAGCACACAGCUAUCCAGCAGUGCAAUAUAAUGCAGGAAGCAGUAGUACAGUAUGAGCAAUAUGAACAAGAGAUGAAACAUCUACAGCAAAUGAUAGAAAAAGCACAUCAUGAAAUUCAAGAGAAGCCCAUAUCAACAAGUAACAUCCAAGAAUUGGAAGCCCAGAUUUCAUGUCAUGAGGAACUGGCACAGAAGAUCAAAGGUUACCAAGAGCAAAUCGCAUCUCUGAAUUCCAAGUGCAAGAUGCUAACGAUGAAAGCCAAGCACGCCACUAUGCUGCUGACAGUGACAGAAGUAGAAGGGCUUUCAGAAAGAAUGGAGGAGUUGGAUGCAGAAGAAAUGCUUCCUGCACACACAGCUCACCCAUCUGUAGUGAUGAUGACUGCUGGUCGCUGUCACACACUUCUGUCACCAGUUACUGAGGAGUCUGGGGAAGAGGGAAGCAACAGUGAGAUUUCUUCUCCUCCUGCCUGUCGCUCUCCUUCACCUGUGGCUAAUGCUGAUGCUUCUGUUAAUCAGGACAUUGCUUAUUACCAAGCCUUAUCUGCUGAACAGUUGCAGACAGAAGCAUCCCAAAUUCAGCCUAGCACCUCGAUUGCUCAGGAAUCCUGUGAACCAAGAUUAGAGUCCAUUACCAGUACUAAACUGGAUGAUCUGCAACGUUCUUGGGAAACGCUGAAAAACGUGAUUAGUGAAAAACAGCGCACACUUUAUGAGGCCCUUGAACGACAGCAGAAAUACCAAGAUUCUCUUCAGUCUAUAUCAACAAAGAUGGAAGCCGUUGAGGUGAAAUUAAAUGAUGCUCUAGAGAGUAAUAGGAGUCCAGAAAGCCAGAUGGCUGGCCACCAGGCUUUGAUGGAUGAAAUUCUAAUGCUCCAAGAGGAAAUAAGUGAGCUACAAACCUCAUUAGCAGAAGAACUGGUAUCUGAGCCAUCUAACACAGAUGCUGCUGAACAGUUGGCUCUGCAGUCCACACUCACUGUCUUAGCAGAGAGAAUGGCCACUAUUAAGAUGAAAGCUUCAGGAAAACAGCAGCUUCUUGAGGAGAAACUCAAUGAGCAACUAGAAGAACAGCGUCAAGAGCAGGCUCUACAAAGAUAUCGCUCUGAAGCAGAUGAACUUGAUCACUGGCUACUGGAUACAAAAGCAUCUCUAAACACUACAUUGAUGAUUGAUGAGGAGCCUAUGGAUAUGGAUUCUCAACUGGUUGACUGCCAGAAUAUGCUUGUGGAAAUUGAGCAGAAGGUAGUGGCUUUGUCUGAGCUGUCCGUACAGAAUGAAAACCUUCUCAUGGAAGGAAAAGCUCAGACCAAGGAUGAGGCUGAGCAGCUGGCCCUGAAACUCAGAACGCUAAAGGGAAGUCUUUUGGAACUACAGAGAGUCCUUCAUGACAAGCAGAUCAACAUCCAGGGAGCUUUGCAGGAAAAGGAGGAGUGUGAAUCAGAUCUGGUCACAGCUCAAGAUCCCAGUGUCCAAGAGUGGUUGGCUCAGGCCCAGACAACCCGUUCACAACAGCAGCUAAGCAUCCUACAAAGACAGAAAGAACUAGAGAAAGAGCUAGCAGAGCAAAAGAAUCUACUUCGUUCAGUGGCAAGUCGCGGAGAGGAAAUUUUAUCUCAACAGUCAUUUUCAGAUAUGCCUUAUUCUAGGAAGCCAGAUACACUAACGGAAGAGCUGAGCUUAGAAGGGGAAAAGCCAUCAGUUGAAGAUCAAAUGAAAAUGAAAUGGGAAAGCCUUAAUCAAGAAUUCAGCAUUAAGCACAGGCUUCUGCAGAAUGCACUGGAACAAGAACAAAAGCAGCCAGUUUACAGUAGACCAAACAGGCUUAUGUCUGGCAUGUCGCUGCACAAAGAAGAAGGGCAGACUCAAGAUAAAACAUCAGUUAAAUCUUUAUUGGUUGGUUUGAAUGAGGCUUUUAAAAGUGUUCCUUCCCAGGCUAGAGGUGCAGAGAAGGAGAGUCUGCAGUUUGAGCAAAAGCUAUUCAGUGGCGUUUCAGCCACCUCAUCCUGGCUAGAUGGUGUUGAAGAACAUUUGUUGGUUGCCACGGCCCUAUUACCAGAAGUGACAGAAACUUGCCUUGAUAAUCAAGAAUCUCUUGCUAAAGAUAUCAAGGAAAUGACAGAAAAAAUGGAUAAGAGCAAGGAUUUAUUUUCUCACAUGUUUCCUGAGAGUGUUGAUAAUCGAGAUGUUAUAGAAGACACUUUGGACUGUUUGCUACAGAGAUUAACAUUACUAGAGACACUAGUAAACCAAAGAUGCCAGCAUAUGAAAGAGAGACUCCAGCAGAUACUGAAUUUUCAGAAUGACCUGAAGUUGAUGUUUACUUUAUUGGCUGAUAAUAAGUAUAUUGCGCUGCAGAAACUAGCAGAAGCAGUUGAACGUCCUGAAACAGAACAAAUACAGGCCAUUGAGCAAGUAGAACAUGGACUGAAAGAAUUAGAUGGAGGAAUCACUGAACUGAAGAAACGUGGAGAUAAACUGCAAAUUGAUCAAUCUUUCAUGCAAGAGUUAUCCAAACUUCAGGAUAUGUAUGAUGAGUUGAUCAUGAUCAUAGGAUCACGGCGUAGUGGACUGAACCAAAAUCUGGCACUAAAAGGUCAAUAUGAACAAGCUUUGCAGGAUCUGGCUGACCUGACUGAAACUGGGAAAGAAAAGAUGGCAGUUGAUCAAAAAAUGAUAGUUGCCUCCAAAGAGGAAAUCCAACAGCUUCUUGACAAGCACAAGGAAUAUUUCCAAGGACUAGAGGCACACAUGAUCCUCACAGAAACACUUUUUAGAAAAAUAAGCAGCUUUGCUCUUAUGAAGGAAACUCAGAUCCAUGUAGAUCUAAUGGCACAAGGCUCUGCAGUGUUAAAACAAGCUCAUAAGAAAGGAGUGGAGCUGGAAUAUAUUCUAGAGACUUGGACGCAUCUAGAAGAUGAUUAUCAGGAACUCACACAGCAGCUGGAGGCUGUUGAAACCAGCAUUCCUAGUGUUGGUUUGGUAGAGGAAUCUGAGGAAAGGCUUACAGACCGGAUUGCACUUUAUCAGCACCUGAAAUCUAGUCUUACUGAACACCAACCCAAACUUUACCAAGUCCUGGAUGAUGGGAAAAGACUACUGUUCUCUGUCACAUGUUCAGAAUUGGAAACUCAACUGAACCAGCUAGGGGAGCAUUGGUUAAAUACUACCAACAAAGUUACCAAGGAACUACACAGAUUGGAAACUAUACUUAAACUCUGGACAAGAUAUCAAAGUGACUCAGCUGAGCUGAUUCAUUGGCUCCAGUCAGCCAUGGACCGUCUGGAAUAUUGGACCCAGCAAUCUAUUACAGUCCCUCAAGAACUAGAAAUGAUUCGAGAUCACUUGAAUGCAUUUUUGGAAUUUUCCAAAGAAGUUGAUGCAAAGUCAUCCCAGAAAUCUACUGUUCUGAGCACUGGAAAUCAUCUUCUCCGGCUGAAGAAAGUGGAUACUGCAUCUUUGAGGGCUGGACUAUCACAAAUUGACAAUCAGUGGACAGAACUGCUCAUACAGAUUCCAGUAGUGCAGGAAAAACUGCACCAGCUACAAAUGGAUAAGCUUCCUUCUCGCCAUGCCAUCACAGAAGUCAUGAGUUGGAUUACUUUGAUGGAAAAUGCUAUUUCGAAGGAUGAGGAAAGCAUAAAAAAUAUAGUAGGACACAAAGUUAUCCAGGAUUACCUCCAGAAAUAUAAGGGCUUUAAGAUUGAUGUAAGCUGUAAGCAGUUAACUGUGGACUUCGUUAACCAGUCAGUACUACAGAUUAGUAGUCAGGAUGUGGAAAGUAAACGUAGCGACAAGACGGAUUUUGCCGAACAACUUGGAAUGAUGAAUAGGCGUUGGCAAAUUUUGCAGAGUCUGAUAACAGAAAAGAUUCAGUUGUUGGAAGGUUUCCUUGAAUCCUGGACAGAAUAUGAAAAUAAUAUUCAGAGCCUAAAAACCUGGUUUGAAACUCAAGAGACAAAACUGAAGGAACGACAGAGAAUUGGAGAUCAAGCUUCAGUUCAAAAUGCCCUGAAAGACUGUCAGGAACUUGAAGACCAAAUAAAAGCAAAAGAAAUGGAACUUGAAAAAGUAGAACAGACUGGUCUUUCCUUAAUACAAGAUAAAAAAGAUGAAGUGUGUGUUGCUGUUAUGGAUACCCUUCAGAAGCUAAAUAAUUCUUGGGCAAAUUUGGACCACAUGGUAGGUCAGCUGAAAACACUGUUACAAUCUGUCCUUCAUCAGUGGAGCAUUUACAAAGCAUCUUAUGAAGAACUUAAUAGCUACAUAAUGGAAGCAAGAUAUUCUCUAUCUCGCUUUCAUCUUCUUACUGGCUCUUUGGAAGCAGUGAAAGUCCAAGUAGAUAACCUUCAGAAUUUGCUGGAUGAAUUGCAAAAGCAAGACCAUCGCUUACAAAAAUUUGGGUCAGUGACCAAUACGCUAUUGAAAGAAUGCCAUCCACCAGUUACAGAAGCACUUAAUAAUACCUUGAAAGAAAUGAACUUAAGAUGGAAUAAUCUUCUAGAAGAAAUUGCAGAGCAUUUGCAUUCCAGUAAAGGUCUACUUCAGCUCUGGCAGAAGUAUAAAAACUAUUACAUGCAGUGCUCUUCCACUGUCCAGCAGUAUGAGGAUCGAACAAAUGAACUUUUGAAGGCUGAACUCAACAAGGACACUGCUGAUGAUGAAGUCACUGCUUGGAUUCAUGACUGCAAUGAUCUACUUAAAGGCAUGAAGACAAUGCAAGAUUCUCUAUCUGUUCUGCAUGAACUAGGGGAACAGCUGAGGCAGCAGGUGGAUUCUUCUGCAGCGGCAGCUAUCCAGUCUGGUCAGCUCUUAUUAAAUCAGAACUUAGCUUCUUUAGAACAGGGACUCAACAGGCAACAGUCGAUAUUACAGGCAGGAGUUCAAGAUUACCAGACCUUUAAUAAGAGUCUGGGAGGGUUGGAGGAGUGGACAGCGCAAGCUGAAGAAGUGCUGAAAAUGCAAGACCCAAGCCAUUCAUCUGACUCAUCCGUCAUUCGGAAUAGAAUGGAAGAGCUUAAAUGCCAGAUGUUAAAGUUCAGCAGCAUGGCACCAGAUUUGGAUCGUCUGAACGAGCUGGGGUAUAGGCUACCCCUAAACGAUAAAGAAAUCAAAAGGAUGCAAAAUCUGAAUAGGUGUUGGUCAGUGAUUUCUUCACAAACUACUGAAAGAUUCAGUAAGCUACAGUCCUUCAUGCUGCAGCAACAGACCUUCCUAGAAAAAUGUGAGACCUGGAUGGAGUUCUUGGUUCAAACUGAGCAGAAACUGGCUGCAGAAAUUUCAGGAAACUACCAGCUUCUUUUAGAACAGCAGAGGGCGCAUGAGCUGUUCCAAGCAGAGAUGUUUAGUCGCCAACAGAUUUUACAUUCCAUAAUCAUGGAUGGCCAGAACCUUCUUGAGCAAGGGCAGGUAGAUGACAGGGAUGAAUUUAAUUUGAAACUGGCAUUGCUCAGUAAUCAGUGGCAAGGAGUAAUUCGUAGAGCCCAGCAGAGGAGGGGCAUCAUUGACAGUCAGAUUCGCCAGUGGCAACGAUACAGAGAGAUGGCAGAGAAACUACGCAAGUGGUUGGUGGAAGUGACUUGUCAGUCAGUAAGUGGGCUGGGCAGUGUUCCUAUCCCACUGCAGAGAGCUAGAGCCCUGUUGGAUGAAAUGCAGCUCAAAGAGAAAGUGCUUCUUCGUCAACAAGGGAGCUACAUUUUAACAGUGGAAGGUGGAAAACAGCUGUUACUCUGUGCUGAUGGUGAGACAGAAGCAUCUCUACAGAAGGAACUUACAGAAAUCCAAGAGCGCUGGAAAUUAGCAAACCUCAGACUUGAAGAACAGAAAAAGCAGCUUACAUUACUAUUAAAAGACUGGGAGAAAUGUGAAAAAGGCAUAUCAAAUUCCUUGGAAAAGCUAAAAUCCUUGAAGAAGAAGCUCUCCCAGCCAUUACCUGACCACCAUGAUGAGCUCCAUGCAGAGCAGAUUCGUUGCAAGGAACUAGAGAGUGCUGCUGAGGGAUGGACCAAUGAUCUUUCUCGUCUGAACUUAUUAAAAGAGACCCUGUCUACUUAUAUUAGCGCAGAGGACAUUUCAGUGCUUAACGAGCGUAUUGAAUUGUUGCACAGACAAUGGGAAGAACUGUGCCACCAGGUUUCCUUGAGGCAGCAGCAGGUUAGUGAGAGACUGAAUGAAUGGGCAGUCUUCAGCGAGAAGAACAAAGAGCUCUGUGAAUGGUUGACACAAAUGGAGAGUAAAGUUUCUCAGAAUGGAGAUAUCCUCAUUGAAGAAAUGAUUGAGAAACUCAAAAAGGAUUAUCAAGAUGAAAUUGCAGUUGCCCAAGAGAAUAAAAUGCAGCUUCAGGAAAUGGGAGAGCGGCUCGCUAAAGCAAGCCAUGAAAGCAAAGCUCUGGAGAUUGAGUAUAAACUUGGCAAGGUCAAUGACAGAUGGCAACAUCUUUUAGAUCUCAUUGCAGCCAGGAUGAAGAAACUGAAGGAGACCUUGGUGGCAAUUCAGCAGUUGGAUAAGAACAUGAGCAUCUUGAGAUCUUGGCUCGCCCACAUUGAAUCAGAGUUAUCCAAAGCCAUUGUCUAUGAAACUUGUGACUCCGAGGAGAUUCAAAGGAAACUAAAUGAACAGCAGGAACUUCAAAGAGACAUAGAGAAGCAUAGCACUGGGGUUGCAUCUGUCCUCAAUCUCUGCGAGGUUCUUCUCCAUGAUUGUGAUGCUUGUGCUACUGAAACAGAAUGUGAUUCCAUUCAGCAGGCCACACGGAACUUGGAUCGAAGGUGGCGGAAUAUUUGUGCGAUGUCAAUGGAAAGGCGACUCAAAAUUGAAGAGACUUGGAGACUGUGGCAGAAGUUUUUGGAUGAUUAUUCUCGUUUUGAAGAUUGGCUGAAAAUUUCUGAAAGGACAGCUGCUUUCCCUACUUCUUCUGGGGUAUUAUAUACAGUUGCUAAGGAAGAACUAAAGAAAUUUGAGGCUUUUCAGCGACAAGUUCAAGAAAGUUUGACUCAGCUAGAACUGAUUAACAAACAGUACCGCCGCUUGGCCAGAGAAAAUCGUACUGAUUCUGCUGGCAGCCUCAAGUUGAUGGUCCACGAAGGAAACCAGAGAUGGGAUAAUUUGCAAAAACGAGUGAUCUCCAUCCUCCGCAGACUUAAACAUUUCAUUGGCCAGCGUGAAGAAUUUGAGACAGCACGUGACAGCAUUUUGGUCUGGCUUACAGAAAUGGACUUACAGCUCACCAACAUUGAACAUUUCUCAGAGUGUGAUGUUCAAGCAAAGAUAAAGCAACUCAAGGCUUUUCAACAGGAGAUCUCAUUGAAUAACAACAAAAUUGAGCAAAUCAUUGCCCAGGGUGAACAACUGUUAGAAAAGAGUGAGCCUUUAGAUGCAACUGUCAUUGAGGAAGAGUUGGAUGAGCUGCAACGUUAUUGCCAUGAGGUCUUUGGCCGAGUGGAAAGAUAUCAUAAAAAACUAAUUCGUCUUCCACUCACAGACGAUGAGCAUGAGUUAUCUGACCGUGAAGUGGAUCUGGAUGAAUCAGCAGAUCUUUCUGACCUGCACUGGCAUGACAAAUCUGCAGACAGUGUUCUUUCCCCGCAUCCUUCCUCCAUGCUUUCGCUGUCCCUUCCCCAGCCUCUCCGAAGUGAAAGAUCAGGGCGGGAUACUCCAGCUAGUGUAGAUUCCAUUCCCUUGGAAUGGGAUCAUGACUAUGACUUGAGUCGUGACUUGGAGACAGCAGUUUCAAGAGCACUGCAUUCUGAAGAAGAGGGUCAGGAAGACAAAGAUUUUUAUCUUCAAGGAGCUACAAGCCUAGCAGGAGAACCAGGUUCCUUGGAAACACACAUUCGGCAGCUGGACAAGGCUUUAGACACUAGUCGUUUCCAAAUACAGCAAACAGAGAAUAUAAUUCGCAGCAAAACACCGACAGGGCCUGAGCUAGAUUCUAGCUACAAAGGAUAUAUGAAGCUUCUGGGUGAGUGCAGCAGGAGUAUAGAUUCAGUAAGGCGGCUUGAACAUAAACUGAAAGAAGAAGAGGAAAAGCUGUCUGGAUUUAUUAACCUGAACAGUACAGAGACACAAACAGCUGGUGUGAUUGAUCGAUGGGAGUUAAUUCAGGCCCAAGCCUUAAGUAAAGAACUGAGGAUGAAGCAGAAUCUCCAACAGUGGCAGCAGUUCAGUUCUGAUCUAAACAACAUCUGGGUUUGGCUGGGCGAAACUGAAGAAGAAUUGGAACAAUUGCGUUGCCUUGAUCUUAGCACAGACAUACAGGCCAUCGAGCUCCGGAUUAAAAAACUGAAAGAGCUACAGAAGGCUGUUGAUAAUCGCAAAGCCAUCAUUUUGUCCAUCAAUCUAUGCAGUUCGGAAUUUAUGCAGUCAGACAGUGAGGAAAACAAGAGACUGCAGGAACAACUGUCUCAGAUGAACAUGCGCUGGGACCAUGUCUGCUCUAUGUUAGAAGAAUGGCGCUGCUCCCUACAGAGUGCUCUCAUGCAAUGUCAGGAUUUCCAUGAGAUGAGCCAUGGCUUGUUGCUAUGGCUUGAGAACAUUGACAGGAGGAAGAAUGAAAUAGUACCUAUCAGUCCAAAUCAUGACUGUGAUACUCUGCAGGAUCAUCACAGACUCCUAAUGCAAAUACGACGUGAGCUUCUAGAAUCUCAGUUAAAAGUAGCAUCUCUUCAAGACAUGUCCUGCCAACUGCUAGUCAAUGCUGAAGGCAAGGAUUGUCUGGAAGCCAAAGAAAAGGUGCAUGUCAUCGGAAACAGACUGAAAAUGCUCCUGAAAGAUGUCACACGUCACAUUAAAGAACUAGAGAAGAUUCUAGAUAUUUCAAGUAGUCAGCUGGACCUAUCCUCCUGGUCUUCUGCUGAUGAACUGGACACAUCAGGAUCCCUCAGUCCAGUAUCUGGAAGAAGUACUCCAAGCCGGCAGAAGAUGCCACGAGGCAAAUGUAAUGUCUCACAGCCUGGACCCUCUGUCAGCAGUCCACAUAGCAGGCCCACAAGAGGUGGCUCAGGUUCCUCCCGUUCUGAAAACCAGGGGCUUCCACCACGACCACAGCACUGCUUCUUCCUCAGGGUGCUGAGAGCUGCUCUCCCUCUUCAGCUUCUCUUGCUGUUUCUGAUUGCUCUCGCCUGCUUGGUUCCAAUGAGCGAGGAGGACUACAGCUGCACUCUCUCAAAUAACUUUGCGCGCUCCUUCCACCCCAUGCUUAGAUACACCAAUGGCCCACCACCUUUAUGAAAAGAUUGCCAGAAACUCAAGAGUGGUUCAAAUGCAGUAGCCAGAGUGCAGUAGCAUGUCCAUGAACUCCAUGCCCACAUAAAUAAAUGAAAUGUCUAUCAGUAUCAAAAUGAGCCAUGGAAUAUGUGAAGUGGGUCAUUAAAGACUCACAUCUCUGGCACUGACUUUGACUAAGUAAUAGAAUGUUUUUCUCCCCAGCCAACAUACUGGAUUUUUCAGCUACUUUUAUAAUUUUGACCAUCACUCUGUACUAUACCUAGCAGAGGACUUCAGUUUGAAGAAGGACCUGUAUGUGCUGCUCGUGUAGAGCUAUUAUCCAAUCUUUACUUAACUACUCUACUGGUAUUUUAAACUAAACUUACAUAUAAACAUAUAUACUUGUAAGAAACAAAAUGAAGUGAUUUUAGAAACCAUUGUAACAUAAAAUUUUAAAAGCUUGCAAGGCAGCAUAUUAUUUUCCCCAUUUUUGGUGGGGUUUUGAGUGGGGCAUGAUGUUCUAAUCUUUGCUUUGAAUGCACAAAUUGUAAAUGGCACAUUUUAUAAUUUAAAAAAAAAUUAUGUAAGAAAUGAAAUCCUGAAAACUUUAUGAACAACCAUGGAUAUUAAGUAUUAAAAAUAUUUAUGUAUGUAC